CCUUCAUUCGAUAAUGUCGAUGAAAUUGUCGAUACAAUAAGUCCGGAGAAUAAGUCGGGCCUGAGGGCCAAUCUAAUGUCGUUCCUUAGUAAAUUUGGCAUCUGGAAGAAUUCCAAUUGUCGACCACCGCGGAAACGAUCAUCGCUGCGUUCGAAACACACAACACCGAGUGGUUACAGUGCGACCGGACCUAGCGGAAGUUUGGCCGGUCGUAAAUCGGUAACGUUGAGUUGUGACUUUGAACAAUUUCCCAAUGCCGAUAAUGGCGAUGAGAAGGCGGGACGUUUGGCCAAUGCCAAAGAGAUUGGUAAACGGCGGCUAUCACAAAUGCGUCGACGCAGAAGUUCCUAUUAUUUUUCAGACAAUGAACGAAGAAUACGUGCUAACGAUCGGGAGUUCAAUGCACAGUUCAAAUAUGCCGACAACUACAUUAAAACGUCCAAGUAUUCGAUGAUGACAUUUUUGCCCUUUAACCUUUUGGAGCAAUUUCAACGUUUAGCGAAUUUUUAUUUUCUAUGUCUGCUGGUGCUGCAACUAAUCCCGGCCAUAUCAUCACUAACGCCCGUUACUACAGCCAUUCCAUUAAUCGGUGUGUUAACCUUGACCGCCGUUAAAGAUGCCUACGACGAUAUUCAACGUCAUGUCUCAGAUUCUCAGGUGAAUAAUCGCAAAUCGAAAGCUUUAAGAAAUGGAAAACUGGUCGAUGAAAAGUGGUCCGGUGUACAGGUUGGCGAUGUGAUACGCCUGGAAAACAAUCAAUUUGUGGCCGCCGAUAUUCUCCUCCUUAGCACAUCGGAACCAAAUGGUUUGUGUUUCAUUGAAACGGCCGAAUUGGACGGCGAAACGAAUCUCAAAUGUAAACAGUGUCUAACGGAAACCAUUGAACUUGGCGAUAACCAUGACCAGCUGUGGAAUUUCAAUGCCGAAAUAAUUUGUGAAAAGCCCAACAAUUUGCUGAAUAAAUUCGAGGGGACAUUGAUGUGGCGUAAUCAACGUUAUGCCCUGGACAAUGAGAAAAUCCUGCUGAGGGGUUGUGUGCUGCGCAACACGCAAUGGUGUUAUGGUGUUGUUGUCUUUGCCGGCAAAGAUACGAAAUUGAUGCAGAAUUCGGGCAAGACACAAUUCAAGAGUACCGGUGUUGAUCGUUUGUUGAAUUUUAUUAUUAUUGGUAUUGUAUUGUUUCUAUUAUCCAUCUGUGCAUUCUUUACACUGGCUUGUGCUAUAUGGGAGGGAGUCAUUGGUCAACAUUUCCAGGCCUAUUUGCCAUGGGAAAAUAUUAUACCAAAAAAUAUUGUUCAAGGAUCAACCGUUAUAGGAUUGUUAGUAUUUUUCUCUUAUGCCAUUGUAUUAAAUACCGUAGUGCCAAUAUCACUCUACGUUUCAGUAGAGGUUAUACGUUUUGUUCAAUCAUUUCUAAUCAAUUGGGAUGAACAAAUGUAUUAUGAACCAACUAAAACCCAUGCCAAAGCCCGUACCACCACCCUAAAUGAAGAAUUGGGCCAAAUUCAAUAUAUAUUCUCUGAUAAGACAGGCACCCUAACCCAAAACAUAAUGACCUUUAACAAGUGCAGUAUUAAUGGCCGGACCUAUGGUGAUGUCAUUGAUUUGCGUACCGGUGAAGUGAUUGAGGUGACAGAUGCCAUGGCACCAGUCGAUUUCUCUGCAAAUCCAGAAUAUGAACCAGAAUUUCGUUGGUACGAUCGAACGUUGCUGGAUGCUGUGCGUUCUGAUGAGGAACAUGCCCACAAUUUCUUUCGCUUAUUGGCUUUGUGCCAUACCGUUAUGCCGGAAACUGUUGAUGGACGUUUAGAAUAUCAAGCUCAAAGUCCCGACGAAUCAGCCUUGGUGUCAGCUGCCAGAAAUUUUGGUUUUGUUUUUCGUUCUAGAACACCGAAUAGCAUUACCAUAGAGGUUAUGGGACGAAAGGAGGAAUAUGAGUUACUGCAUAUUUUGGAUUUCAACAAUGUUCGCAAACGUAUGUCGGUCAUAUUACGGCAAGGCGAUCGAAUUUUCCUAUAUUGCAAAGGUGCUGAUAGUGUUAUAUAUGAUAGACUGAGUUCUAGCCAACAUGAAAUGAAAGCGCGUACCCAAGAUCAUUUAAAUAAAUUCGCUGGCGAAGGUUUACGUACGCUUGUCUUGGCUGAACGACGAUUAACAAGCGAAUUUUAUGAAGGCUGGAGUAAACGCCACUUGGAGGCAUCCCUCUCAUUGGACAACCGUGAAGAUAAGCUGAAUGCAGUUUAUGAAGAGGUCGAAAGUGAAUUGGUGCUGGUCGGUGUUACCGCCAUUGAGGACAAACUACAGGAUGGUGUACCUGAAACGAUAGCCAAUUUACAAAUGGCUGGUAUUAAAAUUUGGGUGUUGACAGGCGAUAAACAAGAAACGGCAAUUAACAUUGGUUAUUCAUGUCAAUUACUUACCGAUGAUUUAGCAGAUGUUUUUAUUGUUGAUGGCAGUACACUGGAAGAGGUAGAGAAGCAACUUAGGCAGUUUAAAGAAUCUAUAAGAAUAGUGAAUCGCUUUAGGCCGCCACCUUUCAAUUCAACCAUCAAUCUAAAUGGUUCACACGAUCCACAUGAUCGUAACAGUGCAGCAGCUGUGAAAAUGUCCCAGAUAUCACCACCACCGCCGCCAGCAAUAUCAGUGGUCACCUUUAGGUGGGAUGAUGAAGACAUUAAUAAGCGUAAUAAGGGCGAACCGGACAGUGCUGAAACAAAUGAAUUGUAUGACACACUGGAAAAAGGUGGCAGUGCAGCAAGAAAUGCCUUAAGGGAAGAUGAAAUUGUAGAGGAAAACACCGGCUUUGCUAUUGUUAUAAAUGGCCACUCGCUGGUCCAUUGUCUAUCACCAGAAUUGGAAUCAAGAUUCCUUGAUAUUGCCUCUCAGUGCAAAGCAGUAAUUUGCUGUCGUGUCACACCUUUACAAAAAGCUUUGGUUGUAGAAUUAAUAAAACGUGCCAAGAAUGCAGUUACCUUAGCAAUAGGAGAUGGUGCCAAUGAUGUUUCAAUGAUCAAAGCCGCCCAUAUUGGUGUUGGUAUAUCUGGCCAAGAGGGCUUACAGGCUGUAUUAGCCAGCGACUACUCGAUUGCCCAAUUUCGUUACCUACAACGGCUUCUAUUGGUGCAUGGGCGUUGGUCAUAUUAUCGCAUGUGCAAAUUCUUGCGAUAUUUCUUUUAUAAAAAUUUUGCAUUUACCCUUUGCCAUUGUUGGUAUUCAUUUUUUUGUGGUUUCAGUGCGCAGACUGUUUUCGAUCCCAUGUUUAUAUCGGUGUAUAAUCUAUUUUAUACGUCACUGCCGGUAUUAGCAUUGGGUGUAUUCGAACAGGACGUGUCUGACAGACACAGUUUGGAAUAUCCAAAAUUAUAUACACCAGGCUUAAGAAGUCAAUUGUUUAAUACCAAAGAAUUUGUGUAUAGUGUUUUACAUGGUGCCUUUAGUUCUUUAAUAUUAUUUUUAAUACCCUAUGGUACUUAUCACAAAGGCGUCUCGCCAAAUGGUUUAAUUUUAAGUGAUCACAUGACUCUGGGAGCGGUUGUAGCCACUAUUUUAAUUAUUGAUAAUACAGCACAGAUAGCCUUAUAUACAUCGUACUGGACAAUUGCCAACCAUAUAACAAUAUGGGGUAGUUUAAUUUGGUACUUUGUACUCGAUUACUUUUACAAUUAUGUGAUUGGUGGACCCUAUGUGGGUUCACUUACCAUGGCCAUGGGUGAUUUAACAUUUUGGGCAACAAUGUUUAUAACAGUGGUGCUGAUAAUGAUACCAGUAUUAGCGUACAAAUUCUAUUUAAUAGACGUACAGCCAAGCUUAGCGGAUAUGAUACGCAUGAAGAGACGCCAAGCUAGCCUUAAAUCACGACACACCAGCAGUGUUACAAGAGCACCAUCAUCGCGACGAUCAAGACGAUCGUUGCGUUCGGGUUAUGCUUUUGCGCACCAGGAGGGCUUUGGCCGUCUUAUUACUUCGGGUAAAAUUAUGCGCAAAUUACCCCAAGAAUUUGCUUUCCCAUUGGGUUUGGGUAGUAAAAAAGUGCAAAAUUCCGGUACUGCCCACCAAGAUGCCAAGACUAAUAACAAUAACAGUGUGCGUGAUAAUAACAAAAAUGCUGCAGAUGUAGAUAUAGUAGAUCCAACGGGGGCUACAGCAUUAAAUGAUGCCUUAACCAAUCAAGACCAUAGCAAUGAUGGAAUAAGUCCACGUGCUCCUUGCCAAGAUUUAGAUACGAUAAAUCUCUAAAA